UUGUGUUUUAAGUUGUCCAUUGUGUGGUUUGUUUUGUUGCGUAUUGGGUGUUGUUGAUUAUUUUUAGUCUGAUGUCUGUUAUGUCUUUUAUUUGGUGUGUGUUUUUGGUCUAUUUUCAAUUUACAGAACCCAAAUACAAGCUACUGCGGUAAUUUUCUGCAAGUUUUCUCAAAACCACGGGUAGCUUCUUUCUCCCUGAUCUGCUCAACCCUUGCCAUCUUUCGCAAUCUGAACUCAAAUCAAUUCAAUUUAAACAAUCUUCACAAGUUAGGGUUUCAUAAAAUUAUCAUAAGUUCAAUAAUCAAACUCAAUGGGUAACAACACUCCUCCAAAACACCCUCUGUUCUGUUUAAAAUGGCCAUGGGACAUCAAUCCAAACAAACCCCUUAACUCCUGCACUUCAGGACCCCCUUGGAUCUUCAAAUCGUUCCAAACCCUUGGCUCUCUGGCUCUAACACUCGUGGGUUCGGUCUCAAACCCCCAGGUUUCAUCCGGGGUUGUGAAAUCAAAGGGGUUGAGUGCGGAAGAACAAGGGGAGUUGGAACAGAAAGCGUUAGCGUGUGCUUUGGCUAAUGGGAAAGAUGCUACGGUGAUCGAGUUUUACUCUCCCAAGUGUAGUCUUUGUAAUUCGAUGGUGGAGUUUGUGGGGCAUGUGGAGAGUAAGAAUGCUGAUUGGUUGAAUAUUGUUAUGGUGGAUGCUGAGAAUGAUAAAUGGUUACCUGAGCUUCUUCAUUAUGACAUAAAUUAUGUUCCGUGUUUUGUGUUGUUGGACAAACAAGGAAAUGCUCUUGCCAAAACUGGUAUUCCGCAUAGUCGGCUCCAUGUCGUUGCAGGUGUUUCUCAUCUACUUAAACUGAAGCACCCAUUUCGAAGAUAAACUAUUACAAGGUUGUUAUGACUGAUCGGGUUUCAACGUCUCUUGCUCUCUUUCCUGUUGAGAGUUUCUGCCUUUCUCAUAUGCAUUAUUUAGUUUAAUCAAAUGUAUGGGCUUAAACUGUUUAUAUCACUUUGAAUCUGCACUAUAUAUAAAUAAAUUCUAUAAAUUUAUGUUUUAACUC